AUGGACUGUCGAUUUUUUGUUUCCAAACAACGAAUACAAUAUACCUAUUCAGAAUUCAUAUUUAUUAUACAGCAAAAACCAAUCUUCCCAGGAGCACGUCCAUCCCCUGUACAAGGUAUAGUGGAUGGCACAAAUUACACCGAAUGUGGUUAUCUUCUUGAGGCUUGGAACCCUAAUAUUCAUGUGUUAUUGAUUGAUCUUGAAUUUCUGAAACAAUUAAAUUAUGAAAUUUGUCAGUGGGAUAAGAACAAACGUAUUCAGAUUGGAGUCAAUAAAAGUUACAAAAAUCUAGAAUAUUCUCUUGAUAAAAAUCAUUUUGACGUCAUCUACUAUACUGACGACUCUGAAAAGGAUUUUUUGAAGUUUGACAUCGAUGGUGGAAGAAUUAUUCCUAGAAGAUUUGAAGCUAGCUUGUCUGGUAAUAUUGCGAUUCCGAAAGAUCCUCAAUUGUUUUACCAUUUUUGGAAACGUUCGAAACUUUUGAAUUGCGCUAAUGUGGAAAUGAACAGAACGGAAUUCCAGAAGCCAGUUUUAAACGCUUCCACCGCUUCGACUUUGAUUUCCCGGCUCCGCGACGAACUUCUAGAUAACGGAAUGUUCAUGUUUUUGACAGAUGGAACCCUUCUAGGAUGGUACAGAGAAUGCACAAUAAUUCCACAUACAACGGAUCUAGAUGUUUCUGUUUUCAAAGACAAUUACAAUCCAAUCUACAAAAAGAAGGUUCUGAACAAUGAAAGUAAGUACUUCAAAUUGUGGCGGAGCUUGGGAAAGGCGAUGGUACAAAAUAUAAAUUCUCGAUUCCCAUUUAUGAUCCAUGGUGUGCAGCCGAACUUCACAAUCAUAUUUUCUGGGUUAGCUGUUCACCGGAAGAGAAAUUAUUCGUAUGAAAUCAUUCGAAUAAUUUAUCAAUUCAACAUUUUCUGUGAAAAUUACAGCACGAAUACGGUCCAGAAUGGAGGAAAGAUCAUCCGUCGUCUGUUUACACAUGGAAUAAAUCGGGAAAAAAUGGGAAGAUUGUCGGAAAGUUUACGAAAGAGGAAAUGCGACAGUAUUAUGUUAUGUACUAGAUGUCAUAACUAA